CAGUUUUGAGUGGUGCGUAAAGGUAGGUUCCUCAUGCAGUUUGUGAUUCGUAGUACUUAGUUCCUGUUUCUUCCCCUCGUCGAAGCCAAAACUUCAAUUUUUUAUUUAAGAGGGAAUCAUUUUUAUCAGCCUAGGGGAUCGUAAGCGAUUAAUUAGUCUUACAGUGUAUGAGGCUACAUUGAUUUCCUUUGCAGUCGGAAACUUCAUCAACUCAGCGUUCCGACCCUCAAAUGCAGAAACCUUCUGAUCACCUAGUUUCAAAACGAAAUGCCCUAUUGUGCCUAACUAACGUAAAGCAGCAUGGGUUUUCGCCAGUAAUGACAAGUUGAAUCGGUAAUUUUAUUCCUAUUAACGAGCUCGUUGGUUAGGUCUCUAGAUUGAUAGGCAGUAGCUGCACUCAUGCUUUUCUAAGGUGUUGUUUAGAGCCUUCAUAAAGUCCCGUAUUACCAGAAUUACCUGGUGAAAAUAUGAAUUCUACAUAAUUACUACUUAAUAAUAGUUUUUUCUUUACCUCACGUUCCCCAGUGGAGCAUAGGGCUCCAAGCUAGUGACUUGAAGUUUCCGUAGCAGUGUUUGUUUUACAGGAUGGGGUUGCUGGCCUCAUGCCUAACCUUUCCUCUUUGCCAGCAUUAUUUCAGGCUUAGCGAGGUAAAGGAGUGCAUCGGUCGGGUAUCGAACCCUGGACCAUGUGGAUGAUGGGCGAGCGUCUUUACCGCUAGACCACCGACUCAAUAAUAAUAAUGAACAGGAGAUUAUGUGUUAUCACCGGAGAACUACAUUUUCCAGUUAGUUACCUGACUUCAGUUAACACAACCUGGUUGCUAAAUGUACAUGUUAAACAUGUUAAAUUCUCAUGUAAUCUGUGGUUCUGUGCUUCACUUGUAGUCAUUCUGCUACCGAUUCCAUAGUAUUGUAAUAGCGCAGUUAGUGUUGUACAACGUAAUCGAAGAUGUCUGUUGUCGAAACCAUGCAGUCUUUCCAGGCCAUUUCGGUUACGAAGUUGGGUAAUGUUGAGUCUUCGGAAAUAUUUAUUACCCAGAAUUUAAGGCAAUCAACAAACGUUAUUAACAAACAUUAGAAAAAUAUACUACCUGAAAUUAGGCGUAAGAGUUUAAGGUGUGAUUAUUCACACAUAAGCGCACCUUCUACGGGACAUUCCUGAAUUGUCGUGAGUACUCUUAAUUCCUCCGUCAACAGACGUCAGCUAUAAAACAAAGUAUGACCAUGCUCAGCUAAGCACUUGGGGCUCCUGGUAUUGAUUAAGCUAUCCAUUGGUGCCAAUCUUAGUUACCGUGGAACAUCUUUAGUGAAUGGCAAGACAUACUACUGACCGGGAGAAUGAAGUGAGUUGUCAAACACCCAGUAGGAUUCGUGUUCUUCAUAAAGUAACGUCGUCAACUAACUCAUUGGCGCUAAUGCAGCUUCCAUUGUAAGUGAAACAAUUGACAUAUCGGUCUAUUUGUUUUUAUGAUUUGACUCUUAGUUUGUUCAAACUGGUGUACAACUUUCUCAAGCAGUGUCCAAGUAUAUUACUGUGGGUCCUGUGAAUUUUAUUGAAUUCCGGUCUUGCGAUUUUCCUACUGGUAUUGAAUCUUGUAAACCUCCACAACUUAUUUAGUAAUUGUUUUGGUUUGUCCGUGCAUCUUAUUAUUGUAGGUUUCGCGUAGCAUAUUCUUUCAGCAAUCCGCCUGUCGAAUAAGCUAAAGUGGUUGGUGAUGAUCAUCUCAUCCUGUUACCUCUCUCACCCCUCUCACUUCCUUGAACCAAAGCUACUUCAUGUCGUAGUGGGGGUUUUUAGUCAGUUUUACUUUAAGCAGGUUGCAUUUCUUCUGGUGUUUUGUACCACUAAUCAGUUCGGACGAAGUUACAGAUAUUCACUGGGUUUCACCAACCGUUUAUUAAUAGGUAUCAGAGUCAACUUGCUAGUAAUUUUUUUAAAGAUGCAAUUUUGUUUGACUUUGAAGUUCAUUUGUGUGCGAUCAGAAUGAAAAAAAUAACUUUUACGUUUUAAUACUUAAGAUUGAAUUACUUAUCCAUAAACCUACUUUAGUUCCAGUUUAUCUCAUUUCAGGUGAAUUCGAAAUGGGUGUUCCGGCCUUUUUCAGAUGGCUUAGUUUAAAAUAUCCAUCAAUUGUGUCUCAUUGUGUAGAAAAGCGGGGAGCUGCUUUGGAUGAUGAAGACAAUAGGGUACCUGUAGAUACGUCCGAACCCAAUCCUAACGGCGAAGAGUUCGACAACUUGUAUUUAGACAUGAAUGGUAUCAUCCAUCCUUGUACCCAUCCGGAAAAUAAACCUGCUCCUAAAUCUGAGGAGGAAAUGUUCCUGGCCAUUUUUGAAUAUAUUGAUAGGUUAUUCGCCAUAGUCCGUCCUAGGAGAGUUCUGUAUAUGGCUAUCGAUGGAGUGGCACCGCGUGCAAAAAUGAAUCAACAACGAUCUAGACGAUUUCGGGCAGCUAAAGAAGCUAAGGAGAAACAAAUGACUAUUGAAAAUAUAAGGAAUGAGCUAAUUAGUAAAGGAGCCAAGUUGCCACCUCCAAGAGAAGAGCAUUUUGAUUCCAAUUGUAUAACCCCUGGAACACCAUUUAUGGCACGUCUAGCUGUUGCUCUCAGAGGGUACAUAUAUGAUCGCUUGACAAAACAUCCGGGGUGGAAGGAUUUAAUGGUAUUUCUGAGUGAUGCAAACGUCCCUGGCGAAGGGGAGCAUAAAAUCAUGGACUUUAUCAGGAGGCAAAGGAAUAAUCCGACUCAUGAUGCCAAUACGAAACAUUGUCUUUGUGGUGCGGAUGCGGACCUGAUUAUGCUUGGCUUAGCCACGCAUGAGCCUUAUUUCACCAUAAUUCGUGAAGAAUUUAAACCGAAUCAACCAAAACCAUGUGAAAUAUGUGGUCAACUGGGGCAUGAUAUGCAAGAUUGUAUAGGUUCACCCAAUCAAGAGGAUCCAGAUGAACGUCCCCCUCCAGUGUCUGGUGAUGUGGAUUUCAUCUUUAUUCGUUUAAAUGUUCUACGACAAUAUCUGUCAGAAGAUCUAAAAUUGCCAGGCAUCACAUUUGAAUGGGAUCUUGAAAGGGUUAUUGAUGACUGGGUGUUUAUGUGCUUUUUCGUCGGAAACGACUUUCUCCCUCAUCUUCCAAGCUUGGAAAUCCGCGAAGGCGCAAUCGACCGACUAAUAGAAAUUUACAAAUCAACAGUUCAAAAAACUGGAGGAUGGUUAACAGAUAGUGGCAGAGUCGACUUGAAACGUGUUCAAAUCAUCAUGGUUGAUUUAGGGAAAAUGGAAGAUGAGAUUUUUAAAAAUCGACGUGAAUCGGAAUUACAGUUCCGUAAAAGAAAACGCCAAAAUGCGUCAUCGGGUAACUUUGAUAGAAAUCAACGUGAUUCGAAUCCACAACGAUUAGGUAGACGUCCUAACCAUGAAAGUGGACAAUCUAGUUUUAUGCAGCCCAUCUCUCUGAGUGGUCGACAUGGAAUAGCCCACCCAGAAGGUCGCUAUGUAGGGGAGAAUGUUUCUGUCGAUGAAUUUCGAGCUGCACGCCGUCAACAAGGAGGUAUGAAUUGGGUGGAUAAAAACUUGAAUAACCUUGAAUCGGCUACUGCUCUAAGGACAAUGUUGAUUGAUAGGCCUGCAAAUAAGAAUGGAAAUCCGCAUACGACAGAUGGUGAUACUGUUUCGCCUUCAAAAAUGAGAAAAAAUUUAGAAGGAGAAAGAAGUUAUUUAAGUGGACAGGGUAUUGUUCCAAAUAAUAAAUCAGGUGAAAAUGAAGAUGAAUUAAUGGAUGCGGCCGAUGAAGUACGGUUCUGGGAGGAUGGGUGGCGAACGCGUUAUUACCAGUCAAAAUUUGGCGUGGACCCUGAAGACGCACCAGAGUUUUGUACGAAAGUUGGUCAGGAAUACGCACUUGGUUUGUGUUGGGUUUUAGCCUACUAUUACCAGGGAUGUGCUUCAUGGGACUGGUAUUUUCCAUACCAUUAUGCUCCAUUCGCGAGUGACUUCUGUAAAAUUGAGGAGCUUAAUGUUGACUUUACAAAGGAAAAAACAAAACCAUUUAGACCUCUAGAACAGUUAAUGGGCGUAUUUCCAGCUGAUUCACGAAGUCAUGUUCCUCCAGCUUGGCAGGAUUUAAUGACUGAUCCUGAAUCACCUAUCAUUGAUUUUUACCCAACAAAUUUCAAAGUCGACCUAAAUGGAAAACGAUAUGCAUGGAUGGGUGUGGCUUUAUUACCUUUUGUUGAUGAGGUUCGUCUGUUGAAAGCUUUGGAUGCACGAAGAGAUCGUCUAACGAAAGAAGAAGUCGACCGAAAUGUUCGUGGUUCAGAUCAGUUGUUUUGUAGGGCUGAUCAUCCAGCUGGUCCUUUAUUGGAAUCUCUAUAUAAAAUAGAAGCUAACGAAAUGGAGAAAGGUGGUCCUGAAGAACAGCUUGUGCCGUCUUGGGCCUCAGCUGUUGAUCCACGUGUAACUGCCGGUAUCUCUGGUCUAAUCUGGCGCAGUAAAACUGCUUAUUUGCCCGGUGAUCGUGUACCCAGUGCAGUCCCUGGUCAUGUUCCCGCAAUAAAGGCUUCCGAAGCCAUUUCGGCAUGUUUCUCUGAUCCGUCCUAUCCAGAAGGUUUUAUUUUUCCAUCCCGAUUGCUUGAAUCUGUUAAACUGCCGCCACCUGUUUAUCUGCAACCUCCACAACGCGGUCGAGGGAGAGGUCGUGGCAGUUUCCGUAAUGACGAACACCGUGGGAGGUUCAAUGCAGAGUCAGCUAUGCAGCAUUAUGCUCGAGACGGCUCCAGUGAGAGAGGCGAUAACAGCGAUUUUUCUUCAAAUUCAGCAAUGCACAGAAUGGUGGUGAAUUCAUUACCAAGGUACCAACACAGUCAAAAUAAUCACCGACAGUAUAAUGCCACGUCAAAUUAUGAUAGACGAGGUAAUGGUGCACCUUCCCACUGGCGACCUGGUUCCUUUAGUCAUCAUCCUUAUCCUAGGAAUAACGUAUCCAUGUAUCGUCCAUCCAGCAGUUACCCAUUUGAAAAUCCCUACUCUGUACAUACUUCGUACUACAGUACAGGUCUUUCAGAACGAGGCACAAGAGGUGGUCCACAGCCAUGGUUUCGCCCAAAUAGUAGACGUUAAAUAAACAUUGAAAGGAUAAUGCUCCAUCAUGUACAUAUUAUCUUCUCUCAGUGUAUUUGACAGUUACAUUUUACAGUGACUGAUUAAUACUUGUGAAUUGCGCCUGUGUAAGAAACAUGUAUCAUGGAUACUUAUCUGCUUUUCACAUUUGGACUAAGUGUUUUUAUUCGUUUUUCUGCAUAAACAUGUAUCAUUAAAGCUC